AAGCGUACAUGCGCAUACAGACUUUAAUCGCAAAAUUCGCGGCGUGUGUACAAAUACGCUCUCUGAGGUGUAUGCCGUGAACUAACCGUGUCAUGCGAUUACUGCAGACUGCUGCAAUCUGCAUGCACCUGCAAUAUUUAUUUUACUUCGAACACGAUGGCGGCAUUAAUUUCAGGCCCAGGUAUGGCCCCGAUGCCCAAACCAGGGUCGAAGGUUUUGCCAAGAGUACCGGAAGCGGUACUGAAAAGGCUCAAACGUAGGGAAGAUGCUAGGAUAUUGAAAUAUAAUCUCGAUCUUGUAAAAAAGAUCAGACGUCUUGAAACCAGAGAGGAGCUUCUGAAGAGAGCUGAAAAGUAUACUAAAGAGUACAGUCUGAAGGAACGUGAAGAAAUUCACAACAUUCGUAUGGCUAAAAAACAUAGUAAUUAUUAUAUUCCAAGUGAAGCUAGACUAGCUUUUGUCAUCCGUAUUCGAGGUGUUAACCAAAUUCCUCCAAAGCCAAGAAAAAUCUUGAAAUUGUUCCGUUUGAAACAAAUCAGUAAUGGAGUUUUCAUCAAAUUGAACAAGGCCACAACUAACAUGCUCAGAAUAAUUGAGCCAUAUGUAACCUGGGGUUAUCCAAACCUUAAGAGUGUGAAAGCACUUAUUUACAAGCGAGGUUUUCCUAAAAUUAAUAAACAGAGAAUAGGGCUUACAGCCAAUGGCUUAAUUAAAAAAGCCUUAGGUAAGAAGGAUAUUAUCUGCAUGGAAGAUCUAGUUCAUGAAAUCUUCACCGUUGGUGAAAACUUCAAAUAUGCCAGCAACUUUUUGUGGCCAUUCAAGCUCAACACCCCAACUGGUGGAUGGCGCAAGAAGACCAAUAAUUAUGUUGAAGGCGGCGACUUCGGUAACCGCGAGGAGAAAAUUAACGAAUUGUUGAGGCGUAUGGUUUAAGAUCGACUGAAUUAAAAAGUAAAUUUUUCUAAAAUA